AUGGCAAGCAAAAAAGGUGAUCCAGAAGAACUCUAUGUCAGACAAGAGAAGAUUGGUAAAGGUUCAUUUGGUGAAGUAUUCAAAGGUAUCAAUAAAAAAACAAAUGAAACAAUAGCAAUAAAAACAAUUGAUCUUGAAGAUGCAGAGGAUGAAAUUGAAGAUAUUCAACAAGAAAUCAAUGUACUCUCUCAAUGUGAAAGUCCAUUUGUAACAAAAUAUUUUGGUUCAUUUUUAAAAGGUUCAAAAUUAUGGAUUAUUAUGGAAUAUCUUGCAGGUGGUUCAGUUUUAGAUUUGAUGAAACCAGGUCCAUUCGACGAAGGAUAUAUUGCAAUUAUUUUAAGAGAGUUAUUAAAAGGUUUGGAAUAUUUACAUUCAGAAGGUAAAAUUCACAGAGAUAUUAAAGCUGCAAAUGUUUUACUUUCAGCAAGCGGUGAUGUUAAAUUAGCUGAUUUUGGUGUUAGUGGUCAAUUAACUGAUCAAAUGACAAAGAGAAAUACAUUUGUUGGUACCCCAUUUUGGAUGGCACCUGAAGUUAUUAAACAAACUGGAUAUGAUUCAAAAGCUGAUAUUUGGAGUAUGGGUAUUACAGCAUUAGAGAUGGCAAAAGGAGAACCACCAAGAGCCGAUUUACAUCCAAUGAGAGCAUUAUUUUUAAUUCCAAAAGAUCCACCACCAACACUCGAAGGUAAUUUCUCAAAAGGGUUCAAAGAAUUUUGUGCACUUUGUUUGAAUAAAGAUCCAAAUCAAAGACCAACAGCAAAAGAUUUAUUAAAACAUAAAUUUAUAAAGGCAGCAAAGAAGACUAGCAGCUUAACUGAUCUCAUCGAAAGAAGACAAAAAUGGUUACAAUUGAAUGGAAAUAAUGCUGAUGAUGAAAAUGAUGAUUUAGAUAGAGAUGCCAAAUCAAAUGAAGAAGAUUUUGGCUGGGAAUUCCCAACAAUUAAACAAAAAUCACCAGUUGCUGUUCAAGAACAACAACAAACCCCACAAAAACCAACUGUAGUAUCAACUCCAAUUAAAGAACAACAACAACAACAACAACCAACACCUGUAACAACACCACAACAACCUGUAACAACAACCACCACAACACCAACUACUGAAACCAAAGUAAGAUCAUUAUCAAAUAGUUCACAAACCACACCAGUUAAAACUACUGUUGCUGCAACCACUGCACCUGCAACUACACCAGCUUCAAAUGCACCAACUUCAACAACACCAAAUGGUGCCGCUGUCACUCAACAACAAGCACCAAGAGCCUCUGCUCUUACCUCUGUCAUUUAUCCAGUUUUAUCGAAAUUACUUAAAAAUACAUCUGAUGAAAAUGUUAUCAAUGCUUUGGCUCAACUUAAAAUGGCAUUUGAUAAUGCUGAAAAAGCAAAGCCUGGUAUCACUCACAGUUUAAUCGCACAAAUCAUUGAAACCCUUAAAAGAUAA